AAACACCACAAAGCCAACUCUCUUCGAAGACCCGGCAAGGAAAGCAAAGCCAUUGAUGAGGAGAGAACAGAUAGAAAGCAUGAUUUCUCUCUCUUCCCACCCACCUAGUCUCUCUCUUCUCAAGAAGCGUGAGAGACUGAGAAGUACUAUGAGGAAAAAGAGGAAAAUUUUUGGUGCGAGGCUGCUGUGGGCUGUUCCACGUGGCAUGAUCACAGGCCCGUCGUAUGAGCCCGGGGAAUCCGUAUCGUAUGCUUCUCUCUAAAAUAAAAACCCUCGUGUUUCUCUCUCUAUUUAUUAAUUUGUGUUCGGUGGCCCUUUUCUCUCUUUCUCGUAUCUCUCGUUUGUAUCUCUGCAGCUUUGCUUUCAAUCCAUACCCCCAAUCCUCCAUCUAUCCGUUCACCCACACAGUCUAAUUGGUUUGAUCCACAAAGACGGGUAGCUUUAUCUUCUUCUAUCAUACGGGUGCGGUUCACUGCAAAUGUUGGCUGCAAUUGUAAGGUGAAACAUUGAAGGAUGAAGGAUAAUAGUUCCAUAAGUAGUAAAAUGAUUAACAGAAACUGGGUAUUGAAGCGCAAACGGAAAAAGCUUCUGUGUGGACCAGCUCUUUCCAAUGGUAAAGAGGAGAAAUCAGUUGCCUUGGAAUCCCCCAAGAUUUCUUCUUCUGCCAAAUGCGGGGUGAACAACGAAGAAAGUUCUGAAUUAUCUUUGUCCAAGAAAAAAGGAAAUGAUGGAUAUUACUAUGAAUGCGUGGUCUGUGAUCGUGGUGGCAGCUUGUUGUGCUGUGAAAGCUGUCCUCAGACUUAUCACAUUCAGUGUCUUGACCCACCUCUUACGCGCAUUCCAACGGGGAAGUGGGAAUGCCCAAAGUGCUGUCAGAAAAGUGAGCCUUUGAAGGCCCAUUUGGAUUCCAUUUCAAAACGAGCAAGAACGAAGACAGCCCCAAAGAAAUCUAGAACUGUAAUUCAGUUAUCUGGCACGGAUAAAUCAUCCCAAUCUUUUGGGUGUUCUAGAAUUUCUAACAAAAGGUCUUCGAGCAAAGGCAAAUCUGUUUUAAAUGAUGGAGUGAAACCUUUAAAAAAGUUGGAGGAUAACUUUCAGAUAGAUGUAUCUUCGAGCACAAACCUGAGUCAUCCGUCAGUUGGUAUGUCAAUUGACGAAAGUUUGUUAUGUGUUAAUGCGGAUGAUGAAAAGAAGUCUGGUGUUACUCCACCAAAUUUAUCCUCUGAGAGGAAAUCAAGUUCUCCUGCUCCAGAAGAUCUGUCUCACCACAAACUUGUGGAUUCAGAGCCAAAUUACAAAAUUGAGGAGCAAAAUCUUGAUGGUUCUUGUGCUAAUGGAUAUCCCAGAAGCAAAAUCAUCCUUGCCAUAUGUGCCGCCACCAAUAAAGAUAAAAAAAGAAAAAAGGAAAUCGACAAGGAGUACUGUCACAAGAAGCAUAAGACUGACAAGGGAAAACAUCCUGCCAAAACUUCUAAAAAGCGUUUUGCCAAAGCCAAUAAUGCAAGUCCUGUAACUGGCAGUUCACACCAGAAAAGGAAAGCUGCUGAUCAUGAGUUUCCUGUAUAUUCGUCAAAGUAUCAUGUGGGAACCGAUGGUAUUGAUGCUCAGGGAAGAGAUGAGAAGCUUUUUAACAAAGAGACUGACCCGUUGGAUAGAGCUAAGGAUCAUCUAGAUAAAAGACUGAUAUUUGAAGAGAGUUUUGUCAGGGAGCUUCGGCAGGUUGAUCGGGUUUUGGGGUGUCGAGUUCGAGGUGGUAAUGAAGGCUCCAGAAUUCAUGUAGCUGUUGCUGUUGCAGAUGUCCGGCAUUCUAAUGGUUUGCUUAUUUCUGAAAGUCAAAAGAGUCUUACAGAGGAAGAUGUAGCUAGCAAUGUUGAUUUAGAUGUCGGAGUUGGUGAAAUCCUUACUAAGGGAUGCCACGAGGCUGUGAAUAAUUGUGAUAAAGAAGAAUGCAGAGAGAAUAAUAUCAGAGUGGAUAAAAUUCAUGUAUACAGAAGGUCAACGAGCAAAGAAUGUAAAGGAGGGAACGCCAAGGAUGUGGUGAGGAAUGACAGUAUCAAUUCAAGUUCUAUAGCUCCAAAUGGUGAAGAUAGAGAUGAGCUGACAUUAAGUAAAAAAGAUUCAGGGAGAACAAAUGAAAAAAUAACAGUGCAAAGUGUUGUUAGUUUGAGAAGUCAUGAUGCCAAUGAAGCUUCUAAAGUGUGCGAAACUUAUGACUUGGAUAGGAGUGGAGAUGUCAAAAAAGAUAUAGAGAUGAAAACGAAUAGCGACACUGAAAACAAAAUCCAGCAUUUGGCCAUGGCAGAAUCUGCUGGUGUAAAUGGAGAGACUGUAUUGUAUGAAUACUUGAUAAAGUGGGUUGGAAGGUCCCAUAUUCAUAAUAGUUGGAUUUCUGAAUCCCAACUGAAAGCCCUGGCAAAGAGAAAACUAGAAAAUUACAGGGCAAAGUAUGGAACAGCUGUGAUCAAUCUCUGUGAGGAGAGGUGGAAGCAACCUCAGCGGAUCAUUGCCCUUCGUGCAUCUAGAGAUUGUUCACAUGAAGCUUUUGUAAAAUGGACUGGUCUUCCUUAUGAUGAAUGCACUUGGGAAAAGUUAGAUGAACCUGUCAUUCAAAGUUCUUCUCACCUGGUUGAUUUGUUUGUUCAGUUUGAAAGCCAGACAUUGGAGAAAGAUGAUGCUAGGAAUGAUCCUUUGAUGAGGAAGGGUGGAAAUGAUAUUGUUACUCUUACAGAGCAACCUGAGGAACUAAAAGGAGGUUCAUUGUUUCCCCAUCAGCUUGAAGCACUGAAUUGGUUGCGCAAGUGUUGGCAUAGAUCCAAAAAUGUGAUACUUGCUGAUGAAAUGGGGCUUGGGAAAACAAUAUCUGCUUGUGCUUUCAUUUCAUCAUUGUAUUUUGAGUUUAAAGCAUCUCUCCCCUGUUUAGUAUUGGUUCCACUUUCCACAAUGCCAAACUGGCUGGCUGAGUUUUCUCUAUGGGCUCCCAAAUUAAAUGUCGUGGAGUAUCAUGGGUCUGCAAAAGCGAGAGCCAUGAUUCGCCAGUAUGAAUGGCAUGCUAGUGACCCAAAUGAUAUGAAUAAGAGAACGUUUUCCUAUAAAUUUAAUGUACUUUUGACUACUUAUGAAAUGGUUCUUGCCGAUUCCUCUCAUUUGCGUGGAGUUCCUUGGGAAGUUCUUGUGGUUGACGAGGGCCACCGCCUGAAGAAUUCAGAAAGCAAGUUGUUCAGUUUGCUUAAUUCAUUUUGUUUCCAACAUCGGGUUCUGUUGACUGGUACCCCGCUUCAGAAUAACAUAGGCGAGAUGUAUAACCUGCUUAAUUUCUUGCAGCCAGCUUCAUUCCCUUCCCUCUCUUCAUUUGUGGAGAAAUUUAAUGAUCUAACGACUGCAGAGAAGGUGGAGGAGUUGAAGAAACUUGUUGCUCCACAUAUGCUACGAAGGCUCAAAAAGGAUGCCAUGCAGAAUAUUCCCCCAAAGACAGAAAGGAUGGUUCCUGUUGAGUUGUCGUCUAUCCAAGCAGAAUACUACCGUGCAAUGCUAACAAAGAACUAUCAGAUAUUACGAAAUAUUGGGAAAGGGGUGGCACAACAGUCAAUGCUAAACAUUGUGAUGCAGUUAAGAAAGGUUUGCAAUCAUCCAUAUCUGAUACCAGGUACUGAGCCUGAUUCUGGAUCAGUGGAAUUUCUUCAUGAAAUGAGGAUAAAAGCUUCGGCUAAGUUGACUUUGUUGCAUUCCAUGCUUAAGGUGUUAUACAAGGAAGGUCAUAGAGUUCUUAUUUUUUCGCAGAUGACCAAGCUUCUUGAUAUCCUUGAGGAUUAUUUGAAUAUAGAAUUUGGGCCAAAAACAUAUGAGAGAGUGGAUGGCUCUGUAUCAGUGGCUGAUCGUCAGACAGCAAUUGCGCGUUUUAACCAAGAUAAAAGUCGAUUUGUCUUUUUGUUAUCGACACGCUCAUGUGGUCUUGGUAUUAAUUUGGCAACAGCUGACACUGUGAUCAUAUAUGAUUCUGAUUUUAACCCACAUGCCGAUAUCCAGGCUAUGAAUAGGGCACAUCGAAUUGGACAAUCAAAAAGGCUUCUGGUAUACAGGCUCGUAGUUCGUGCCAGUGUUGAAGAGCGCAUUUUGCAGCUUGCAAGGAAGAAACUGAUGCUUGAUCAGCUUUUCAUGAACAAGUCUGAAUCUCAGAAGGAAGUUGAAGAUAUAUUACGAUGGGGAACGGAAGAACUUUUCAGUGAUUCUUCAAGCAUGGGUGGGAAAGAUAAUGGUGAAAACAAUAGUAACAAAGAUGAGGCCAUAACUGAUAUAGAACUCAAGCAGAGAAAGAGGGGUGGAGGCCUUGGAGAUGUAUAUAAGGAUAAAUGUACUGAUGGAACCAACAAAACAGUUUGGGAUGAAAAUGCAAUUCUGAGAUUGCUUGACCGUUCAAACCUUCACUCAGGAUCAAAUGAUGGUGGUGAAGGGGAACUGGAGAAUGAUAUGCUUGGCUCUGUAAAGUCUUUGGAGUGGAAUGAUGAAACAACAGAAGAGCAAGGUGCUGCUGAAUCACCAACUGUUGUGGCUGAUGAUGUCUCUGCCCAAAAUUCUGAAAGGAAAGAGGAGAAUUUUGUUACUAUAAGUGAAGAAAAUGAAUGGGACAGACUUUUGCGAGUGAGAUGGGAGAGAUAUCAAAGCGAGGAGGAAGCAGCUCUUGGUCGAGGGAAGCGUCAGAGAAAAGCCGUUUCAUAUAGAGAAGUGUACGCUGCACACCCAAAUGAAACAUUGAGUGAGCCAAGUGGUCGUGAGGAGGAAAGAGAGCCAGAGCCUGCACGGGAAUAUACACCUGCCGGACGAGCACUGCAAGAAAAAUUCUCUAAGCUCCGUGCCAGACAAAAAGAACGCCUUGCUCGAAGGAAUACGAUUGACAACACUGGACCUGAAUCACUUUUUGAAUAUCCUUCCUCCAAUGGCAAAGAUGGGGAUCUAGCUGCUGAAUCUGUUGAACAGGAUAGGGAGAAAGCUUCAGGGAUUGACAUGGAGCGUGACAAAUCCAAGCAGCCGUUAGACACACUGAAUAUCAAAGACGAUUCAACCUUUAGGCUGGGAAAACUCUCAAAGAGCAAAAUGGGCAACCACUUGGAUCUUCCUGUUAAUUCUCUUGGUCACAUGUCUCCUGACAUUGUCCUCCCUAGUUACCAUCAUCAGGCCAGAGUCUAUGCACAUUCACUUCCUCCUAACAACUUGUUACCAGUACUUGGUCUAUGUGCUCCAAAUGCUCCACAGUUAGAGUCAUCUCAUAGAAACUUUUUACGAAUGAACGGCAGGCAGAACAGGCCAGCAACUGGACCCGAGUUCCCAUUCAGUCUAGCUCCUUGUGGUGGAUCUUCAUUUGAGCCAGAUGUGAAGAAGAAUGAUGCUGCACUAGACAAGCUAAAAUUGCAGGAUUCGUCGGCAGAAGUGUUGCAACGACUUAGAAGUAGCUUUACAGAUAGUUGGCACCCACAUUGUCCGUAUCCUCCAGCUAUUUCACAAGGAAAAGGGCCAGAUCGUUCGGAAAGUUCGAGUUCAAAAUUUGCUGAUUUUCAGGAAAAGAUGUCACUUCCAAACUUUCCUUUUGAUGAUACAUUGCUUCCCAGACUUCAGCUAGGAGGUAAAAGCAUGCCAAUUGCACCUCAUGACUUAUUGCCUGGCCUAUCAUUAGGCAGUAGACCUGAAGCUGCAAGUGAAACUAUACACGACAUUCCUAGAAUGCCGUUACUGCCGAACUUGAAAUUUCCUCCUCACGAUGCUCCCAGGUAUAAUCAGCCUGAGAGGGAAGUGCCGCCUCCAUUAGUUCUGGAUCAGAUGCAAAUGACUUUUCCAUCAUUUCCUGAAAAUCAUAGGAGGGUGCUGGAAAACAUACUGAUCAGGACAGGGACUGGAUCAAGCAACUUGCACAGGAAGAAAUCAAAACCAGAUGGCUGGUCUGAAGAUGAACUUGAUUUCCUCUGGGUUGGCGUUCGUAGACAUGGGCUGGGAAAUUGGGAUGCCAUGCUCAGAGACCCUAGGUUAAAAUUCUCGAAGUAUAAAACUUCAGAAGAUUUGGCAGCUCGGUGGGAGGAGGAACAACUAAAGAUCUUAGAAGGGCCAUCUCUUCCAAUACCAAGAUCGAUGAAGCCAACAAAAUCUACCAAAUCUUCCUUGUUUCCUAGCAUUCCUGAUGGAAUGAUGGCACGGGCAUUGCAAGGAAGUAAAUUUGUUCGACCACCUAAGCUUCAGCCUCCUUUGACAGACACAAAAUUGGGUUUUGGUGAUCUGUCUUCCAGAUUGCCACAUUUUGAGCAGUUCGAUCUGCAUGGUUCUCAAAAUGAGCAUUUUGGAGCUAUUCCAACUUGGAAUGCAGACAAAUUCCGGGCAACCUUUGCUGGAGAUUCUUCAGUUGCACCUUCUAAUGGACCAGGGACUUCUUCAAAUGUACCCGCUGAGAAGCCAUUUCUGCUUAAUUUUUUUGGAGCUGCCAACCUGGGCUCUCUAGGUUUGAAUAACUCUAGCUCUCCUGAUUUACUAAGAAAGGAGGAUGAGCUUGGUGCCAUGAAGUACCGUAAGUUGCCAAGUCUUUUGGAUAGAUCAUUGAAUACUUUGCAUGGUUCUCUCAAUAUUGCAGGAAAUGAUGAGUCCACCAGCUCGAGGCUGCUCUUUGACCCUAAUACAAGGUUGGAUCUUUCCCAUUUGAAAGGGAAGGAAAUAGUUGGAAGUAAUUCCAAGAACAAACUGCCCCAUUGGCUUCAGGAAGCCGUGAGUGCUCCUGCUAAACCACCAGAUGCAACGGUGCCACCCACAGUAUCAGCAAUUGCUCAAUCAGUUCGUAUAUUGUAUGGAGAAGAUAAGCAUACCAUACCGCCAUUUGUAAUACCAGGCCCUCCUCCUUGCCUACCAGAGGAUCCGAGACGGAUCCUAAGAAGGAAACGGAAGCGCAGGUCAAACAUUUUUGGGCUUGCCCCUCCAGAAGUGGUCCCAGGCGGUCAGAACUCUCAAACCCACGUACUUGGCACUGGGAAUACUUCAACCUCUAUCGCAUUGGUCCCACCUUUCCAUCUGCCUCCCCAAGCAGAGGCCGGAACUUCAGGGCUACCAGGCUUCAAAUCAGACCUAAAUUUACAUGUUCCGAGUUUAGAUGUCACCAAUCCAUCUUCGUCAUCAGGUUAUUUAAAUCUGCAGAAGAAAACAAGCAAAGGAUUGUCCCCCUCCCCUGAAGUGCUUCAACUGGUGGCAUCCUGUGUUGCCACUGGCCCUAGUUUGCCAUCUGUUUCUUGUGUCACUAGCUCAGAAUUCCUGGAGAGCAAUCUAUUAUUGCCAAAAUCUGUAGACCAAGUUGGAUUUUGUGACACACACAGUGCAUUGGAGAUAAAUGAGUAUAAUCAAAGCUUGCCUGUUGAUGAAGAGGGUCUGGGUCCAGAGGUUAGAGCAGACCAGCCUGAUCCCGGGGAUACAAGCAAGACUCAUUCUGAUCCACCCGAGACUGAAAAGCCUGACGUAGAGGACAUUUCAUCAGAGGGUACAGUCUCAGAUCAACCAGUAAGUGACCAUGAAACAUAGCUUUAGUAUAGAGUGAAAAAUGAGCGCUCUUAUUCUUUCGUACUACUGGAAUUCAGGUUUUCAGCGAUAUGGGCGAAGUUUUGUAGGCACAAGUCAGCGAGCGAUGAAUUAGCUUAUAUAUAAUCAUUAGGACAUAUUUUCUGUAAAGAAACUGUGAAAGAAAAUGAAAGUAUAUGAUGUUGUCUGUUUGUCAUUGCUUCGUACUUCCUAUUGGCUUUAAUCCUCGAAGCGCCUCCGUAUUUCGAAUGCUCAAUGAGACUCAUGGCUCGACAAUGAGUCUUACUUUCCUCGGGUUUGAUUAACCCAAGUGCAGGUGAUUCAUUCUCAGAAAUGGAGGUUGUGUGGUGUCUGUAAUUGUGGAGUUGCUGGUUUCAUUGUAGAAGUGAUGGUGACUUUGUGACAUGAACUAGUAUCAAAUGUAUUUUUUUGCUCAUUGAGACAACUUAAAGAGACACUGAUGAUGUCUUCUUGUAAUCUAUCUCAUUGUGAUACUUUACUGGGUUUUCUGGAUUCUGGAUGCAAGCGGUGAUUGAUUGAUCCCUGUCA